GCUGCUGCUGGUGCAGGCGGCGCACGGCGAGCUGCUCGUCGGCGACCUCAUGGACCGCGACAGGGCGAUGGCGCUGCCGCUGACGCUGCUCGGCGGCGGCCCCGUGGACGUCCGCACCACCCUGGAGUGCCACCCGCGCGUCUACAACAGCACCGUCACCCGGAUGGACCGCAACGGCCGCUCCUGCUACGACCACGUCAGCGUCACCAGCUGCUGGGGCCGCUGCGACUCCAACGAGAUCUCGGACUACCGCUUCCCCUACAAGCGCUCCCACCACCCAGUGUGCAUCCACGACGUGCGCGAGGUGCGCGUGCUGACGCUGCGCCACUGCCAGGAGGGCGUGCUGCCGGGCACGGAGCGCUACGAGUACCUGGAGGCCAAGCGCUGCUCCUGCCAGGUGUGUCGCUCCAGCGAGGCGUCGUGCGAGGGCCUGCGCUACCGAGCCGUGGGCCCCGCCGGCCCCACGGGCCCCACCGCCACCAGGCAAGGCGUCAUCGAGACGGUGCAGCCCAUGGUCAUCAACAACAGGGACUAGCGGACCCGCCGGAGAGAGACCGACCUGUUGCCAAAAAAAUAAUCUGUUGCAAAAAAAGUAAAAAAAAAUUACUGUAAUAAAAAAAAAUCCAUCGGCAAGUGUUUGGGAGCUUUCACUACCCUGGGUGGUUUGCACCCUCACAGGAAAAAAAAGUCUAAAAAGCAUCGCUCCGUAGUGCGAAGUAAACAAAGGCAUUGUAACCAUCUUAAAAGACAUGCUUCCUUCGUCAUACGAAGCAUUCGUUCAUAAGACGGCGUGAUUUGACAAUGCCUUCAUUUUGUUUGUAGCUGCGGAGCAGAUGGUUCGUAGACUUUUUUGAGUGCUUAGUUUUGUGCGACUUAUAAAAAGAUGUUGAUAUGCAACAUUUAGUGAAUCGUAAAUAUGUAUUGUAAUCCUUUAGUAGAGCCAGAGAUAACAGCCAGAGCAGUGGCUUGAGCUGAAGUGUCGUGGGAGGCGAGCGCUGCGUCGUCGCGUAGGUGGGAUGCUUUGAACGGUGUUACUUUCCGUCUCUUCACAUGUAGGUUACGUUAGAGUCGUAGGUCGAAUUCGUGGAAAUAUAGUGAAAAGCAAUGUGGCUUACGUGAAAAAAAAAUCAUGGACUACGGUGUUAUUGUAGUUUUUGUCUGUAACCAAACUGUGAUCAGGUGGUUGUUUCCCCCCCCCCCCAAAAAAAAGUUAGUAUCAUUACCGCGUAUCUUUAGGACAUUAAUUUAUUCUGUCAUGUAGCUUUAUUCCCAGUUUGUGCUUCUAUUAAAAUAUGUUGCAUUUCCCUCUUCAUUUCCCUCUUAAAUAUUCUUCUCUUUCGUCAUUUCAUGUGUCAAUUUUUACGUAAUUCUAAAUAAAA